AUGAAAUAAGGAGGAGUUUAUGAAAGGAGGAGUUAUGGAAAAAAUGAUAAAUUGUUAUCUAGUUUUUCCAUACAAUAUUCAAAAACACAUUCAAACGUAGUUAACCUUGCCCAUUAUCAUCCACCAAGGUUGUUUCAAUUCCAAAUCAAUGUUUCUCACAAGACAUGUCUUCCCUUCAAACUCACGCACUCUCAGCACCUUCACCACUCACAUUCACCUCCAACAACCACUUCUUCAAAUGGCCCUUCAUGGCUUUAACAUGAAGUUUGAAAACUACAACGCAAUCUUAAACGAAUGCGUGAAUAAAAGGGCAUUCAGAGAAGGUCAGAGAGUUCAUGCCCACAUGAUCAAAACACGGUAUCUUCCUUCAGUGUUCUUAAGGACAAGGUUAAUUGUAUUGUACACUAAAUGUGACUCUUUGGGUGAUGCUCACAAUGUGUUUGAUGAAAUGCCUGAACGGAAUGUUGUGUCGUGGACUGCUAUGAUUUCCGCUUAUUCACAAAGAGGGUAUGCCUCUCAAGCUUUGAAUCUUUUUUUGCAGAUGUUAAGAUCAGGUACUGAACCUAAUGAGUUCACUUUUGCAACGGUGCUUACUUCAUGUACUAGUUCUCUGGGUUUCAUUUUGGGGAGGCAAAUCCACUCUCUUAUCAUAAAAUUAAAUUAUGAAGAUCAUGUUUUUGUUGGCAGCUCACUCCUUGACAUGUAUGCCAAAGAUGGUAAAAUUCAUGAAGCUCGAACAGUGUUUGAAUGCUUGCCAGAAAGAGAUGUAGUUUCUUGUACUGCUAUAAUCUCUGGAUAUGCUCAACUUGGUCUAGAUGAAGAGGCAUUGGAGUUAUUUCGCCGUUUGCAAGGGGAAGGAAUGAAAUCAAAUUAUGUUACUUAUACUGGUGUUUUAACUGCACUUUCUGGGCUUGCUGCUCUAGAUCUCGGAAAACAAGUGCACAACCAUGUUCUUCGCUCUGAAAUUCCCUCAUUUGUGGUUCUCCAAAACUCAUUGAUUGACAUGUACUCAAAAUGUGGAAAUCUCACUUACUCAAGAAGGAUCUUUGACACCAUGUAUGAGAGAACUGUUAUCUCUUGGAAUGCAAUGCUUGUUGGGUAUAGCAAACAUGGAGAGGGAAGAGAAGUGCUUAAGCUUUUUACUUUAAUGAGAGAAGAAACCAAAGUCAAACCCGACAGUGUCACUAUUUUGGCUGUUUUAUCUGGCUGCAGUCAUGGAGGACUGGAAGACAAGGGAUUGAAUAUUUUUAAUGAUAUGAGCAGUGGAAAAAUUGAAGUUGAGCCAAAGAUGGAGCACUAUGGGUGUGUUGUUGAUUUGCUUGGUCGUUCUGGUCGAGUAGAAGAAGCUUUUGAGUUCAUUAAAAAGAUGCCUUUUGAACCAACAGCUGCUAUAUGGGGUUCCCUUUUAGGUGCUUGCAGGGUUCACUCAAAUGUCGACAUUGGUGAAUUUGCGGGUCAACAACUUCUCGAAAUUGAGCCCGGAAAUGCUGGAAAUUAUGUUAUUCUGUCUAAUUUAUAUGCUUCAGCAGGAAGAUGGGAAGAUGUAUCAUCACUAAGGGACCUCAUGUUGAAGAAGACAGUGACGAAAGAGCCUGGAAGAAGCUCGAUCGAGCUUGAUCAAGUACUUCAUACAUUCCAUGCAAGUGAUCGCUCCCAUCCUAGGAGAGAGGAGAUAUGUAUGAAAGUUAAGGAAUUAUCAACUAGUUUUAAAGAGGUUGGUUAUGUUCCCGAUUUGAGUUGUGUUUUACAUGAUGUGGAUGAAGAGCAGAAGGAGAAGAUACUUCUAGGCCACAGUGAAAAGUUGGCUUUGUCUUUUGGUCUGAUUGCUUCUCCUGCAAGUGUGCCAAUCCGUGUCAUAAAAAAUCUCCGUAUUUGUGUUGAUUGUCAUAAUUUUGCUAAAUAUAUCUCAAAAGUUUAUGGCAGAGAAGUGUCUUUACGGGACAAAAAUAGGUUUCAUCGAAUUGUGGGAGGAAAAUGUUCAUGUGAAGAUUAUUGGUGAGAAGACCCUGAUAGAGAGCACUCAAUGACUAGGUUCUUGGUAUUGUGCAAUUUAUGAGGGGGAAACAGAGGAAGGUAGUUGAAAAAGGAAACACUGGCCUACCAAAAGUGGGAUGUAAGUUAUGAAAAGAUUCAAAAUGGCAUGACAAUUGGGUCAUAAAGAAUUAAAAUGCAGAACUUUUACUGAUCAUAUAUUUGCCGACCCCACUUAGUGGGAUAAAGCUUGGUUGUUGUUGUUGUUGUUACUGAUCAUAUCUUUACCCAAAAUCAAGGAAUUGAAAAAUUCCACCUAAGGUGCAGGAAUAUUCAGAAUUCCUUGAACUUCUUCCCUUAGCCUCAAUAACCUCAACCUUGACUUCUUAUGUCUUAUCUGCCUUGGGUCUGCCCUCUGCUCUAUUUGCAAUGUUUAUGGCUUUUCCUGCAUAGCUGAUAAAUUUUUCAUCUUGAGGGCUUCACCUAUCAUCCAUGCAUGUUGAAGAACUCGUCUAUGAUGUAUUCUAGGUAUUCAUAUCUAUUCUUGAUUUUCUUUGUUCUAUGAUUUUGAAUGUCAUAUUUUGAUUUUGUUACGUUGUUUUUAUUCGGAAGCUGCAAUGGUAAAGCGAUUAUGUGAUGGUUAUAACUUGUGGUGCUGUUAGGAUGUUCUGCACAUGGAUUUUCUUUACUGGUUCCUUGUAAAACUUGUAACGUUGCUUAUGUUUCAGUUUUUUGGCUCAAAUUUAAGUAUUUGAAUUUUGGAGAUGUGGGUGUCAUCGGUGUUUGUUACACAUAAUGUUCAAAGUAAACCACAAUCUUUUGAGACUGUCUUAGUCUCGCGUAAACAAUGUUCUCCAUAUCUUUUUUAUUAAACUCUUCAUGUUAGUUAUCUCCCCAUAUCCUCUUCUCUUUCCUUCUGUUUCAUUUUUAUGAUUCUUCAUUUCAAAUUUGAUAAGUGCUCCACUUGUUUCACGGUGCGAUGUGUGGUCUGUUUUUUCGGAUGAAAUUUGAUGCAUUACACUUAUAGAGGCUUCAUUUAUGCUGUAAGUGGAUUCAAUGACGAUGGGUAAUCUGUACUGAACUUUCUGUGACAGUGUUUGAAGUUUAUUAAUUGUAGUUAAGUAGAGCUGCCUCUUGAUAGCUUUGAUCUCCAAAAAUGUUUUUGAACAAAAGAGAUUUCUUCCGCAUUCCUCAGUUUCAGAUUUUACUCAAGACGAGAAAUAUUCCUCGAGCUUUAUCCCUGAAGUUUCCUUCCUUUCAUGAAGAUAUCACGCAGGUCACUAUCCCUUUGUUCCGGGAGAAUAUUCAAGUAGUUUUGGAUCCUUCUUAUUCGGGCAUCUUGUCCUUUAAAUAAGCUUUUAAUUUCUUGCAUCCUUUGCAGAUUCCUAUAUCCUGGUUUAAGUUGAUUUUGUCUUAUCAUUAAUCCAUCGAGAUUGUUCCUAGUCUGAAGAAUUUUCCAUGAUAAAUUGCCAACUGAUCAUAACCCCAGAAAUAGAAGGAUGUGUUACAGUCUCUGUCUGUAGUCUUUGCGGUCCACGGAACAGCAGCUGAAAUGAAACCAUUUCUGACCUUUACUGGCAAUACCCUUUUGCUCAAGCAAUUUGGGAUUGGCUGAGCUUUAUUAUUAACAUUGAUUUAUCUGAAUUUGCAUUUGUAUUCUAUAUUUUUAACAGGACUUGGAGCUCUCAAAUAAAAGUUUCCCUUUUGGCUGCAAUCAUUCACACCUUUUGGUUUGUUUGGUGUUGUUGCAACUAGAGCAAAUUUGACAAUCAGAAUUUCCAUUGGAAGUCAGCCAUUAACAUGAUUGUGGCAUCUACUUCUAUGGUUGGUAAAUAUUUUAGCGGUCAUAUGUCCUCCUCUGUAUGAGAUUUAUUCAUUUUAAAGCUCUUAUGUGUACUCGGACAUAUUAACAAGGCUUCUUAUAUCAUUCAAGUUGACCGGAUCGCUCCACCCUGUAGUUGGAUAAAGGUAAUGCCAUGGAGCUGCUAAAUGAUCUCUUAGUCAUGCAGAAGGAGGUGACAUGUUCAGAGAUAAACGUGAAGCGAUUCUUGAAUGGUUUGCCUCUUAUUACCGCAUCUCAAAUUUUGAUGAAAACAUAGGAGGAAGAUCCAUAAACAAGAAAGGAAACACAGAGGACUUACAAUGAGAAGGACAAGAUCUACGAAGGCUAAAGAGGUUCUAAAUAACUUUGUAGCCACUUUAUUUAAAGCAAAUCCUAGUCUUGAAGAACGAAAGCCAUUGAUCGUAAAUUGUCAAUCCAAAUUGAAGGAAUAAAGGCAUAAAGGUUGUGUUUGUGUAUAAUCCAAAUUUUAUUAUUUGUUCUAUUUAAAGUAGUGGGAUGAAUUAGUAAGCUAACUUAGGUAUAAGUGUAAGGGACUUGAGUUGGAACAGUUCCAAGAAAACUUGUAAAGUGUUGCCCACCAUAAAAGACACUCCUAAGCUUCUUAUAAAGCAAAUUUUGGACAUUGAGCUUAUUGGCUUCCUGAGACCUUGUUCUCUAGAAUUCAUGAGAUUCACUUUGAAUUUCUCUAUGAAUAAAGUUUUAACAACACA